UUGUAAACCACACCCUCUCUCAACCUCACAGGAAGCCCUGUGUGCGGCGGAGCCCUCAGUACAGCAGAGACAGAGACGGAAUAGAAAUCGGUGAGGAAUUAACAAAGACAAUUCUAAUAAGAGAAGAAAAAGAGAAGAAUAACUGGAAAGGAAGCGAGAGAAGAGAGAGGCCGGGACGAGGCAAGUGAAGUGUGUUAGGGGGGAGAGGAUGGGGAGGAUGGCACGUGUCGUCGACUGAUGCUUCAGCCUCCGACCCUCUGGCGCAGCCUCAAUCUUGGAGAAAGUAAAGGAUACAACGUUUUAUGGAUUGAACGCGGUCUAUAGAGCUGAAGGUUCCUCAGCACCGUACGGACGCUUCAACUUCACUCACUCGCCACAAUGGACGGACGGGACGCUCAAACACACCCGUCGGCGAACCUUCAACUGCUUUGCUGAUACGAGCUUCCUGUCGGUUCACAAGGCGGCUCGUCUGCACAGAAACAAACAGCCAUCGGCUUAAGAUGAACCAGAGCUGUGAAAGGACUGAUGACCUCCGGAUGUACCAGCACUACGUGUACACAGUGGUGUACAGCGUGAUCUUAGUGCCGGGCCUGCUGGGUAAUGUGCUGGCCCUCUGGGUGUUCAAGGUGUACGUCAGAGAAACCAAGAAGGCCGUGGUGUUUAUGAUGAACCUCGCUGUGGCCGACCUUCUGCAGGUUCUCUCCCUGCCUCUGCGGAUCUACUAUUACCUGAACAAAACCUGGCCCUUUGGCCACCCUCUCUGCAUGAUGUGCUUCUACCUGAAGUACGUCAACAUGUACGCUUCCAUCUACUUCCUGGUGUGCAUCAGCGUGCGCCGCUGUGAGCUGGUAAUGCGCCCGCUGAGGUACACCUCGUCCAAGCGAAAGGGAGACUUGUUGGUGUGCGCCGUGGGCUGGUUGUUGGUCUGCCUGUGCUGCCUGCCCUUCCCCCUGCUGAGGAACCUCAGCAGCGGCACGGUCCCGGUGUGCUUCUCGGAGCUGCCCAUGAAGGCCGUCAGCGUCCCGGGGGCCUGGGCCCUUCUGAUCCUGGCGGAGCUGCUGGGCUUCGUCAUCCCCCUCGUCCUGGUGUUGGCCAGCGCCUGUCAGACCGCCGGGAGCCUGCGGCUGUCCGAGGCGGGGGCCAUUCCCGACAGAGGGGAGAAGCGGCGGGCGUUGAGGAUGGUGCUGAGCUGUGCUUUGGUGUUCCUGGUGUGCUUUGCUCCUUACCACAUCACCAUGCCCCUGGACUUCCUGGUCAAAGCCGACGCCCUGAGGGACUGCGCCUUCAGGGACCUGAUCCGCCGAUGUCACCCCUUCACUCUCUGCCUCGCCAGCCUCAACUGCAGCCUGGACCCGCUCAUGUACUAUUUCACCACCGACGAAUUCUGGAAGCGACUGAGCAAGCCGGAGAUGCCCGAGAGCUUGACGUUCAGCAGGCGUCUGUCCUGUAUGACGGGGGCGGAGGACGCGGACGACGCGGAGGAGGACUAGACUGCGGUCAGUCUGCUCUCAGCAGUUGACCUCAGCCUCUGAACUCUGGGAUAAAAAGACUACGCUCCUCAGAACGAGGGGCAGAUCAUUCACAUGAACACUAGUAAAAAAACAUGGGAAUGCGUUUCAAAAUGUGGUAUUUCUUUUCCUAUUUAUACUUUUAAUAAAAGGAGCGAGCUGUUCUUGUUAUGAAGGACGCCUUUGUGAUCAUUGCCAAACAUUUCUAAUAAGCAUCAGGAAGCAGCCGCACGUUCCCUCCAGAUACAAGUCUGAUGAGCUAGCGCCGUAAUAAUGAACAAAGAGCCAAAAUAUUCAGUAGGUAUGGAAAUGUAACUUUAUUCAGCGACAGUGAAUUUAUUUCAGUAGCUGCACACAUUGGUUUUUAUCGAAUUUUCUAGUAUUUGUUAGACAGAGACACGUUUCUACACACACCCUUCCUGUCCGAUUGUCUUUCUGUGCAGGCGUCGAGUUGGAAUCGGUUUGAAAUUAUUUGGCAAAAGGCGAUUUCUAUUUCGCACCAUCAACCUUUUUCCGCAAGGGCUUUCAAAAUAAAUGGAAAAGAAUUGCUUAAUGCAGAUUCACUGAACAAUUCUUUACAAAACGUGUUUUUUUUCCCCGUGAAAAUACAAAGUUCGGAAAAACCUGUAGUAAGUAGCUUAUAGUAAGCAAUGGAUCAGAUUCAUGGACGAAAAAAGUUUUCAAAUUCGCUGUAACUUUCCCUUCUUGCGUCUUUCCAAGUUUAUUGUCACAAAUGAGGUUUCUACACAAAACACAAGUAAUACAGGGUGCUGGACUGCUCACCAUCUAUGACAUAAGAAAAAUCAUCACACAGCAGGACAGCAGAGGCCUCUGGGAGCAGCGAGGCACUCUGGGAAACAUCUACAAAAA